CAAUGUCGCUACAUAACCAAACACUGCCCCGCCGAGGAUCCAGGCUUCUACUCGUAUCUCUCCCUGUUCUACUGCUCCAUGCCUCAUGCCAAACCCGUUGCCUUCCUUAUCCUGGUCUCCUGGCUCGGUCUGCUCUUUAGUACCAUCGGCAUUGCCGCCAGCGACUUCUUCUGUAUCAACUUAAGCACCAUCGCUACAAUCUUGGGAAUGAGCGAGAGCAUGGCAGGCGUCACCUUUCUGGCCUUUGGAAACGGCAGUCCCGAUGUCUUCUCCACCUUUGCCGCCUUCAGCACAAACAGUAGCAGUCUGGCUAUCGGGGAGCUCUUCGGUGCUGCUGGCUUCAUCACUGCUGUCGUCGCUGGUUCCAUGGCCCUGGUCAGACCUUUUAGAGUGGCUAGGAAAGCCUUUGUCCGAGACGUUGGCUUCUUCACCGUUGCUGCGGCUUUCAGUCUGUCUUUUCUGUGGGACGGAAGGCUACACUUGUGGGAAUGUAUCACCAUGGUCCUCUUCUACGUCUUCUAUGUUGCCUUUGUUGUCGUCUGGCAUUGGUGGAUGGGCGUCAAGAGGCGACGACGUGAAAGGAAUGCUGCCGUAAGAGGUCAGUUUCUGGUUCCUGGAAGCGAGGAGAUCGAGGCCGAGGAGAAUUAUCACGACGCCGACGACGAAGAAUCAAAUACUCGCCCUUCGUUUUCCCGCGGCCCAUCGGUCGAUGACUUUUCUGUUCUUGAGAGAGGAGGCACACCCACCAUCGUUGAACCUUACGAGGACGAAGAUGACGACGAGGUUAGAGACCGAUGGCUCGGCGAGCUCAAAAGCAACAUGCGCUUGACAAGACCCGGCCCUGGUUCGCGACGCAACACGCUCACUCCCAUUCGUCCCAGUCUUGUAGGUGCUUUGGAGUUCCAGGCAGUUCUCAAGUCUCUACAGAAGUCCAGGUCCCACCAGACAAUUCCCAUGCACACUCGACGCUAUUCGGAUGAUCCGACGUUCACUACUGCUCAGCAGCAGGAAGAAAUGUCUGGCGAGGCCGAUCCGGCUUCUCGACCUCCCUUCCAUCCGACCGCCGAUGGUACUUCACCAGCUCUUGAGCGUCCCGCCCUCGAUGUCUUCAAGAACACCUCUGGACGUACACGUGCCGUCUCUGCCAAUGAUGCUGCUCAUCUGCGCAUCGAUCCGCGCUUCGUUCAAAAACAUACCCCCAGUAUGAUGGAUAUCGUCGAAGACGAAGACAACAAGCUUCGUCUUCCUCCUCAACGACCAACAUCGUUCCGCAGUAUGCCUUCCCCAGGAUCUGAUCGACCAAAAACUCCCGAAGUUACUGUCUCAGACUUUGAUGGUCAACCUGCGUUUCCAUGGCAAGGGCUUCAUCCUGAGGGAAACGCAAAGUCCGAGCACGGUCGCACUCGGUCUACAAGCUCCAUCAGCGUACCGGCUAUCGAUAUCUCGGACGAAGCUACAAUGUCACCCUCUCGCCGAUCGCGUAACAGCAGCCCUAGCCACUCGCCUCGUACCUUUGGCAAGGACCUCUACAAUCUCAAGAUCCCGACAAGCAGCCACAUCUCACCAAACACUUCUGCGCCCACAUCUCCUUUCCCAGCAUAUAAUGAGCCAACUUCCGCUAGUAGCAGUCGACCACCUAGUCUGUUUCUUCCUGCCGCGAGCGUUUCUGUUGCCUCUUGUCCCUUGACCCACAUUGACAGCGAGGAAGACGGGACACCGCUUCGCUGGUGGCCUUACAAGAUUCUCCCUCCCCCUCUUGUACUACUCUACAGACUCUUCCCCACGAUUGAGCAUUGGCGAGACAAGAACUGGUGGGAGAGACUUUUGGCCAUCGUCGCAGCCCCAAGCAUGUUCUUGUUGAUUGUUACCCUGCCUGUCGUGGAAUCGGAACGAGAGGAGGCCGAGGAAGAGACCGACAUAAUCGACCCUACUGGACCAAGGCCUUCGAGCCCAAGUCCUCUAGACGCUGAGAGCCUGCAAUCACACCACUCUGACUAUGUUCAUCCUCCUGCUGGUCCGGGAGCCGGAAGUGUCGCAGUGGCGACCCAUAUAGAACGAGACUACCUAUCGGUACCUGGCGAGCGAGACCCUCUUAUAUCACCCACUGUAAGCGCUGUCUUACCAUCGCCCCACCCAUCGAGCGCCAAAAUCCAACCUCAGUACUGGAACAGAUGGCUAACCAUCGUUCAGCUGUUCCUGGCUCCUCUGUUGAUCGUAGUGGUGAUCUACACACAAUACCUCGAUGAUCUCGACAGCAUGAAACCCUUGAUACGGCCAAUGUUGGCAUCAUUGCUUGUGUCGGUCGUUCUUCUUAUUCCUUUCCUCCUGACUACCACACCAACUCAUAGACCGAAGCCUUACAACACUAUCCUCUCAAUGGCUGGCUUCGUAGUCUCUAUAGCCUGGAUCUCGACCAUCGCGGCACAAGUCGUCGCCGUGCUGAAAGCGCUUGCUGUCAUCAUGAACAUGUCGCAUGCGAUUAUGGGUCUCACCAUCUUUGCUGUUGGCAAUUCCUUAGGAGACCUUGUCGCAGACAUCACCGUAGCAAGAUUAGGAUACCCCAUCAUGGCUCUUAGUGCGUGCCUUGGUGGUCCCAUGCUCAACAUUCUCUUGGGCAUUGGUCUCUCUGGGUCUUGGAUCUUGAUUCGUGGAGCGGAACACAGGCACGCCAAACAUCCCGGCAAGCCUAUACACUACCGCACCUAUGAGAUUGAGGUCGGGCAGACCUUGAUUGUUAGUGGUGUCACAUUGCUCAUCACUUUGAUCGGACUGCUCAUCGCGGUGCCCAUGAACAAGUGGAUUUUGAGCAGAAAGAUCGGAUGGAUUCUCAUUGGCGUAUGGUGUGUCAGCACUACAGUCAAUGUCGUUCUAGAAGUCCUUGGU